AUGGCAUCCAAGUUUACGAGAGAAUACAAGCUGGUGGUGGUCGGAGGCGGUGGUGUCGGCAAGUCGUGCCUCACGAUCCAGCUCAUCCAAUCGCACUUCGUGGAUGAAUAUGAUCCAACUAUUGAGGACUCGUACCGCAAGCAGUGCAUCGUCGACGACGAGGUGGCGCUACUCGAUGUUCUAGAUACCGCUGGCCAAGAAGAAUACUCGGCCAUGCGCGAGCAGUACAUGCGCACGGGCGAGGGCUUCCUUCUCGUUUAUUCCAUCACGUCGCGCGAGAGCUUCGAGGAGAUCAGGACCUUCCAGCAGCAGAUUCUCAGAGUCAAGGACAAGGACGUGUUCCCCAUGGUUGUCGUCGGGAACAAGCUUGACUUGAAAGAUGAGCGCAAGGUCUCGACCGAAGAGGGCAAGAUGCUUGCAGACGAGUUCAAGUGCAAAUUCCUCGAGACGUCGGCCAAGACAAACACAAACGUCGAGAACGCCUUCUUCGAGGUCGUCCGGGCUAUCAGGAGGUACAAUCGCGAGAUGCAGGGGAAUCCGUCCCCUGGAAGCGGCUUCUCACACGCCAGCGCAGGCAUGAACAAGAUGGACAUGGCCGAAGAAGACACACAGGCCGGUUGCUGCUCCAAGUGCGUGCUGAUGUGA